CCGUCCAGCCCAAAACCGGUGUCGUUUUGUUUCGCUUCGUUCCCGUCGUUCUGCUCUUCAGUCUCUGCCUUGGCUUCGGUGAGGUCGCGUUCUCGCGGGGCGCUCAGACAAACGCAGGCGGCAGCGGCGUUUCUCUCGCUUUCGUCCACAACAAGCAAGUCCGUGUAACCCGUGGUUUGUUCUUUGUUUCAACGAAAGAGGCACCAUGGUCGUCAAGAGCGAAUAUGUGUCGGGCUACUACGUCCAGCAGCGACCAUGGACUCCGACCAAGAGACGGGGUCCCAUAUCGUCGGACUUCAAGACACCCGGUCCGGGGGCCUUCACCAUCCCGUCAACCAUAGGGGACAGGGCAAGCACCAAUGUCACGAAAGGACAAAAGGCUCCGUCCUUCACCUUUGGAACCAAGCCGGAGGAGAAGCGCGACCUCUUCGUCCCGGGUCCGGGCACGUACAACAUCGCCGGCCUCUCCGAGAAGGGCAAGGAUACCGUGUCGGCGCCCACCAUGGCGCCCAAGCUCCGCGAGCCCGAGGGCUUCAAGACGCCCGCGCCGGGAGCCUACAACCCGGAGAAGGCCGAGCAGUGCGUGCUCAGCGCCUCGCCCAUGUACACCUUCGGCGCCAAGAUCAGGGACCCGAAGCCCGCCGACAUACCCGAGGCCGACCGCCCAAGCCAAGAAGAAACUCACCGCCGCCCAAAGCUCGUACACCGCAACAGGCGAGCGCCCCGCUACUCCUUCGGCCUGAAACUUAAGAGCCUCUUCCGACCCAACGACAACCCUGCCCCAGGUGUUUACGACAUCGACAAGGGAGACUCAGUGGUCUACCCGAAAUCACCGAGCUUCUCGAUGCGCCGACGACUCCGCGGGCCUAGUCCCGAAGAACUGCCAGCUCCUUGUGACUACCGACCAGAGAAAGCCGACAGCACCGUGUAUCCGAAAUCUCCGAGCUACUCGAUGCGCCGAAGGGGUGUGCUUCGCGAUCCGGAAAUUUUUCAAUUUCCCGCUCCUGGAGAUUACGAAACAGCAAAGGCAGAGAGUAUCACCUUCGUGAAGUCACCAGAGUUUGGAAUUGCCUGCAAGCUGAAGGAGCCAAAGCAAGAGGGACUCGAAUUUCCCGGUCCUGGAUCGUACGAAAGUAGAAAGGUGUACGACAGUUCUCACGCCAGGCCACCGGAGUAUUCCUUCGGCAGGCGCUUGAAGGAACCGAAAACAGAAGACUUCCCUGCGCCUGGUGCUUACGACAUAACCCGAGCUGAUGGUGCUGUGUACACCAGAUCGCAAGAGCACACGAUGGCGCACAGACUGAUGGAAAGGCCACCAGACAGCGCUGAGUUUCCGGCUCCAGGAGACUACGACGCCUCCAAGGCGGACUCGGCAGUCUUCUCACGAGCCCCACAGUUCAGUCUAGCCAAGAGGCUUGAACGCGAGGCUCCGGAGUCGAUCGACUUUCCCGGCCCAACGGACUACGACUUAAGCAAAGGAAAGAUUAUGGCGGCCUAUCGGGCCCCACAGUACAGCUUCGGGUUAAAGAUCAAAGACAAGCCUCCGGAUUCACUGAAGUUCCCAGGUCCAGGAGCGUACAAUCCGGACAAAGCAGACCGGGUGGUGCGCACUCGGUCACCGGAAUACAACAUAGGGUCAAAAUUGAAGGAAAAGCCGCCCGAGCACUUUGACUACCCCGGGCCCAGCGAGUAUCACUCAGAAAGGGCUGACCAGAUGACCAGAAGCCGAUCCCCGCAGCACAGGAUUGGCGUCAAAAUAGCAGACAGGCCACCGGAAUCCCUGCACUACCCGGGCCCCGGUGAAUACAAUGUCGACAAAGCGGAUCACGUGAUAAGGAUUCGGUCGCCACAACACCGCAUUGGCUCCAAGUUGAAAGACAAGCCGCCGGAGUCUCUGAACUACCCGGGGCCGGGCGAAUACAAUGCCGACAAAGCAGACCAAGUGACCAGAAGCCGCUCACCGCAACACCUCAUUGGAAUCAAGAUAAGAGACAAGCCUCCGGAGUCUCUGCAGUAUCCUGGACCUGGUGAAUAUGAUGCCGACAGAGCAGACCACGUGACCAGAAGCCGCUCACCGCAGCACCAGAUUGCCUGCAAGUUGAAAGAAAGGUCGCCCGAGUCGCUUGAUUUCCCCGGUCCAGGGGAAUACAAUGUGGACAGAGCGGACCAUGUGACAAGAAGUCGGUCACCACAGUACAGAAUCGGCGUCAAAAUAAAAGACAAGCCACCAGAGUCUCUAGACUACCCUGGACCUGGUGACUACAACGUCGUGAGAGCAGAUCACGUGACGAGAAGUCACUCACCGCAGCAUCACAUGGGCGUGAAGUUAAAAGACAGGCCUCCGGAGUCUCUUGAUUAUCCCGGUCCAGGGCAAUACUUUGUGGACAAAGCGGAUCAAAUGACUAGAAGUCGCUCACCGCAACACAAAAUUGGAGUCAAGCUUAAAGUCAAGCCACCGGAGUCUUUGGGCUAUCCGGGCCCAGGGGAAUACAAUCUAGAAAAAGCAGACCACGUGACAAGAACUCGUUCUCCGCAACACAGAAUAGGCGUCAAGGUGAAAGAAAAGCCACCGGAAUCUCUUCAUUAUCCUGGUCCGGGUGAAUACAACGUGAACAAAGCAGACCGUGUUACGAGAAGUCGCCCGCCAGAGCACCACAUUGGCAUCAAGCUAAAGGAUAGGCUACCAGAAUCUGUGCAGUAUCCUGGUCCCGCUGACUACAACGUGGAUAGAGCAAAUGACGUCACAAGAAGUCGAUCCCCUCAGCACCGAAUCGGAACCAAGCUAAAGGACAGGUCACCGGAAUCACACGAUUUCCCUGGCCCAGGGGAAUACAACGUCGAUAAAGCAGACCGUGCCACAAGAACCUCCUCACCUCAAUAUCGCAUUGGAGUCAAGCUGAAGGACAGAGCACCGGAAUCAGUGGAGUAUCCUGGUCCUGCGGAAUACGACGUAGAGAGGGCAGACCAUGUUGCGAGAAGCCACUCUCCACAGUACCACAUUGGUAUCAAGCUAAAAGACAAGCUGCCGGAAUCAGCGAACUAUCCUGGUCCUGGAGAGUACAACAUCGAAAAAGCAGACCGGGUUGUCGGCGCUCAUUCUCCUCAGCAUAAAAUCGGCGUCAGAUUAGGAGAAAGACAGCCGGAUUCAUUGGAUUACCCUGGUCCUGGAGAGUACAACAUAGAAAGAGCUGACAGAGUUGCACGCAGCCACUCUCCAGAGUACAAAAUCGGCACCAAGUUAAAGGAGAGAAGACCGGAUUCGUUAGAUUACCCUGGUCCUGGAGAGUACAACAUAGAAAGAGCCGAUAAAGUUGCACGCAGCCACUCUCCAGAAUAUAAGAUCGGCACCAAGGUAAAGGACAGGAGACCGGAUUCACUAGAUUACCCUGGUCCUGGAGAGUACAACAUAGAAAGAGCCGAUAGAGCUGUACGCAGCCACUCUCCAGAGUAUCAGAUCGGCACCAAGUUAAAGGAGAGGAGAUUGGAUUCAUUAGAUUACCCUGGUCCUGGAGAGUACAACAUAGAAAGAGCCGAUAGAGUUGCACGCAGCCACUCUCCAGAGUAUAAAAUCGGCACCAAGUUAAAGGAGAGGAGACCGGAUUCGUUGGAUUACCCUGGUCCUGGAGAGUACAACAUAGAAAAAGGUGAUAGAGUUGCACGCAGCUACUCGCCAGAGUAUAAAAUCGGUGUCAAGUUAAAGGAGAGGAGACCGGAUUCAUUGGAUUACCCUGGUCCUGGAGAGUACAACAUAGAAAGAGCCGAUAGAGCUGUACGCAGCCACUCUCCAGAGUAUCAGAUCGGCACCAAGUUAAAGGAGAGGAGAUUGGAUUCAUUAGAUUACCCUGGUCCUGGAGAGUACAACAUAGAAAGAGCCGACAGAGUUGCACGCAGCCACUCUCCAGAGUAUAAAAUCGGCACCAAGUUAAAGGAGAGGAGACCGGAUUCGUUGGAUUACCCUGGUCCUGGAGAGUACAACAUAGAAAAAUGUGAUAGAGUGGCACGCAGCCACUCUCCAGAGUAUAAAAUUGGUGUCAAGUUAAAGGAGAGGAGACCGGAUUCAUUGGAUUACCCUGGUCCUGGAGAGUACAACAUUGAAAAAGCUGAUAAGGUUGUACGCAGCCAUUCUCCGGAACACAAAAUUGGCGUCAAGUUAAAAGAAAGAAGACCAGACUCAUUGGAUUAUCCUGGUCCUGCAAAAUACAACGUCGACCGAGCGGACGGAGUUGUGCGCAGCCACUCUCCUGAGCACAGCAUCGGUGUGAAAUUAAAAGAAAGAAGGCCGGACUCCUUGGAUUAUCCUGGUCCUGCAGAGUACUACGUUGAAAAGGCUGACCGGAUGGUGCGAAGUCAUUCGCCUGAACACAUCUUCGGCAUCAGACUGAAAGAAAUGCCUCCAGAUUCACUGGAAUUCCCUGCCCCUGGAGACUACAGUAUUUCAAGAAGCCAAAGCACGCUUUAUCCUGGAUCUCCUAAAUUUAGCCUAGGAAUGAAAUUGAAGGACAAGCCCCCGGACAACAUCGACUUUCCUGCGCCAUCGGACUACAGCCCUGGCAGAGGCGUAAGCUUCGUGAAGGCGAGGUCCCCAAAAUUCACAUUCGGCUUUAGGCUAAGGCCUUCUAAGCCGUACAGCUACGGUUUUCCAGCACCAGGAGAGUACGACCCCGAUAGAGCGAAGGAACUAGUUUAUCCAAAGUCGCCACGCUUCACUAUGCGUUCGAGACUCAAGGAACGACUGCCCGACAACGUAACGUUUCCAGCACCGGGUGCAUACGAUCCUGACAAAGGCAAUCCUGCUCUAUUUGGAUUGCCACCAAGAAGUAAAUCAAGAAGUCCGAGAAGAUCAAGGUCUCACGACCUCGAAGACAAACGUGCAGCGGCAUCGCCCCCUGAAAGAACGAGCAUGAGAAGCAGUUCAUUCCGAAUUGUGAGGACGACAGAUGGGGCUGCUGGUGAGCGCGAUUUUAAAGGUUCGGAGCAGACGAUCAAACGAAGUCGCUCGCUAAGUGGAAAUCGACAAAAGGACACUGGUUCCAAAAAUGGGAAAGACAAAACAAAAGAGGAGACGUCGGGAUCUCCAAAAACUACGACACGAAGCAGAUCGUUUCGACUGACUCGACAAUCCGAAUUCGGCAUUGAUGAAACACACGCUAAAAGCUCGCAGGAAGCAGUAAAGGAACAUCGUUCGUUUAGGGUCAUUCGCAAACAAGCAGCUGGAGUCGAAGGAGAGCCACCACAGGUGAAAAUCGUCGUUUCUGAAACGACGACUGACCGAAGCAAACCAGAAGGCGCUAUGAAGAAAAAAAUUGACUCAAAAGCGACCGAAAGAGAGGAAGCGAGUUCUACAGUUGGGACGAAGAAGAGUGGGUUCCUUCGAUCUCUCCGGAAAAAGCUCGACGGUACUGAAGAAAUCUCUCGGACGUCUAAAGUGGCUAAGGAGCCAGCAGCACACAAAACUACCACUCGUGCAGUGCAGAGAAAAGCAGACGAAGAGCGAGAGCGGGUCAGCGCUGCUAGUCAAGCGGGAGCUAUGUCUCGAAGGAGUCGGUCGCUUCGAGUCAUCCGAAAAGAGAUGGAGGAGAUACCAGAUAAGCGAGCCAGGUCCACUGACGAACUGACUAGACGAAGUCACUCGUUGCGUGCAGUACGAGCAAGGAAAGAUGACAUUGAAGCAGAAGAGCCAGAUAAAAGAGCUAGGCCUUCGGAGCGAAGAUUAGGGCGGAGCAGGUCCCUUCGAAUUGCGCAAAGCGGAAUCGACGACAUUGAUGAGAAAGAGAACGUGUCGAAGUCCGAGACUCAUAUAACCGCAUCUUCCUCUUCGAGUUUUCACAAGGAGCGGUACUCGAGCCAACACUUGGUGAAGGGUCUCGAACCUGCUGCGUUUACCACGAGCGACGAAAGUGGUAUGUUCGAAGACGACGAAACGAUGGACAGUGUGUCAGCCCGGGACAGGACGUUUGUGCGAACUCCGACUGACUCGUCCAGAAUUCAAGUAUCCCCGGACAGUUUUGGGGAAUGGAGGCAUGCCCAAGGAAGCAUCAAAAUGGCACCGAGAUUUCCAGAGGGGCUUGACUUCUGGAAGCCACCUGGAACGGGGUCUUUGUUCGCUAAGCUUUAUCAGUCCUGGACGCAGGAAACAGCUGUUUCUCCUGCUGAAGCAGAAGACAACAGCCGAGUGAUGUUCCGUUCAGCUGCAAGCCUCCUCUUCAGGAAAGGUUUUGCAGCAAUUCUGCGGAAUGAAACACCUGGACCGGGUUACUACAACCCGAGCAUCGGUGAACAGCUGCGCUUCCCUCGCAUGCCGAGUUUUACGAUACGAAGAAAGCUCAAGUGCCCGAAGAAAGAACCAACGCCUGCUCCCUGGGACUAUAGCCCAGACAAAGCCGAUCCUCUGGUGAGACCCAUGUCGCCAGCUUACACCUUCGGACACAAGGGCGACUGUUGUCAUUGCAGAACCACGAGUCCUGCACCGGGUGCCUACGACCCCGAGAGAGCUGAUCAGUGUGUCAGAUCACUGGAGCCUAGUUACACCUUCGGAGUGAAACACAAGGAUCCUAAACGGGAUAAUUUUCCCGCUCCCGGCACCUACUGUCCAGAGAAAUCUGACACGGUUCUAGCCACGACACCAGCUUACACCUUUGGUAUCAAGCAUAAGGAUCUUAGGCCUGACGAUGUUCCUGCACCCGGUGCCUACUGCCCAGAGAGAGCAGACACCGUGCUUGCAGUCACGCCAGCCUACACCUUCGGCACCAAGCCCAAGGACGCUAAGCCCGACGAUUUUCCCGCACCGGGUGCCUAUAGACCCGAGAAGGUGGACUCGGUCCUGGUCAGGACACCUGCUUACACGUUUGGCACCAGGCCGAAGGAUUCCAGGGAUGACGGCGUACCUGCACCCGGUAAGUACAACGUACCGGGCACUGACACGUACAAGAACAAGUCCCCCGCCUACACGCUCAGCUACCGCACCAACAUUCCCUCGGACCACACCAAAAAACCCGGGCCCGGCGCCCACUCACCGGAGAGGGUCUGGAUGAACAAGAGCAGUUCACCUCGGUUCACCUUUGGCAUCCGGCACAGUCCUGUUGCUGAGACACCCAAGCCCAAGUAGGACCUUCGUGUCAGCUAGUGGCCGACGCCCAAAACAACAGCAGCCCGCAAAGGACUAACGGCAGCUACGACAGAGAAUAUCAACGGCCGUCUACUGAGAAGACCAGCGCAACAUCAGUGCCCCUUUGUCAUCGCAUGGACGCCGGUGCACUGAAUUAAAAACGCACAACCUGUUGAAGCAAGAACAUAAAUGUAUUUAGCCAUAAACUUGAAUAGGCCGUACGCGUUCUAUAGCUUGUAAGUUUCUGUGCGCGUUGCCAAAGACGACACUUUUGUAAAAGCCGGAGGAAUGAACAUGGGGUCCAGUGUAGUGGUAGACCGUCGGCAACGCUGAUCGAAGUUAACUUGUUUUUUUUUUUUUUUUUACCUCCGCAACCUUAAUAUUUUGAUGCAUUAUUGGGUGCUUGGGAUCAGCUAACGUAUAACCGAUACUCAUGCACCGCUAGCUACACUAACGAAGCUUUCUUUUAGACUACGCUUAAGAAUGGUACGUUGUCAUUUUCUUUUUUUCCUCGCUGCUUAAGCGUUACCAUGAAAUUGAGGAGAAAAAAUAGAAAAAAAAGCAAGCCUAAAGUACAGCAAACUUUGUCUUUAUAUUCGCUCUUUUGUCACGAUGCUUCAAGAAAUAAAAGUGCACGAAUUGCACAGAG